AUGACUACAUCGUCUGUUCACCCCCAAUCCGUUGGCAGUGAUCAAGAGUCUUCUGAUGCAUCUUCUACACAGGUGGAAGGCAUCGCCAUCACUCACCAGCUCGAAGACGGCCAGACCGUCAAGCUCUCUCAUGGCAGCUGCUGGGCAAAGCCUACUGCUAUCGUCACCUUUUGUCCCAAAGAGUCCUUAGUCGGGGUCUUCGGUCUCGCUGGACCGCCGACGUCCUGCGAAAAGCGCGCGAUGAUCAACAGCAUCAACUUCGUCAUUCUCGACUCCAAGACUAUGACAAUUCGCACGGAAGGGGCCCUGAUACUCGCCUACAGCCUUUCGGGAAUAGUAACGAAAGCGACGAGGGUGCGCUAUUCUGUCUCCGACGUCUUCGCAUUUGGCGGGUUUGCUGAGAGUAACACCAUCCAUGGCCUCUUUGGCCUAUUCUUCUACAAGGACCUCAAUAAGGCCUGA